AUGGAUCCUCUACUCUCUUAUACCAAUGUACAUUCAAGCUCCUUGCAAUUACUCUCUUCAUUUAUAUUUAAAAAGCCAUCCUCUGUGGCAUCCAUAGCCAAUGUAAACCCAAUCAAAUCACCCAGCAGCAUUGCCACACAUCUAUUCGCCGCUACGAGCAACAAACCAUGUAUAUUACCUCAGCAGCCACAAGCAUCCAUUGAAUUAUCACUGUUACUAAAAAACACAUGCUGCAUGAUUGGGCCACUCCAUCCAAAUGUACCAGGAGCGAUCGAAAAGAAGGAUCCGCCAGCAGCGGAACAGCCCAAACGGCCUGCUUGGACCGAGUCGCAUGCUUAUUUACGAGGAAAACGAUCCAAUGCAGAAGCACUUCGCAUUCUAUCAAUGGAAUUAAACAUGAUCCGUGCCUCCAAGAUCACAAGAUCGCUGAGACCAAGGCGUACUUUUCAAGCUAAAAGGCAGGACGAGUUUAUUUGGGGCCGCUCUAGCUCUUUACGGAUCAACAGCACUCCACUAUGA